ACAGGGUCAGGUGCCUGCGAGGCUGCGCAGGUGCAGCGUCUCCGAGACAGCGACGGCGUUGCGGCCUGGUCCUCGCUGAGACCGCGAGCCUGCAGAGGCAGAUUACUUUACACUGAGCUGAUCAAGUACUUUGAAAAUGAUUUCCAAGCUUCUCUUGGUGUCUUUCACAAUUGCUAUCCUAACUCUUUCAACUGCAUUCUCUCUCCGACCAGACCAGCAAAAAGUUCUACUAGUUUCCUUUGAUGGAUUCCGCUGGGAUUACUUAUAUAAAGUUCCAACUCCCCACUUCCAUGAGCUCAUGAAACAUGGUGUUCAUGUGAAGCAGGUUACUAAUGUUUUUAUUACAAAGACCUACCCCAACCACUAUACCAUGGUCACUGGCCUCUUCGCGGAGAAUCACGGGAUUGUUGCAAAUGACAUGUUUGAUCCUGUUCUGAAUAAAUCUUUCUCCCUGGACCACAUGAAUAUUUAUGAUUCUGAGUUUUGGGAAGAAGCCACACCCAUAUGGAUCACCAAUCAGAAGGCAGGACAUGCCAGUGGCUCAGCCAUGUGGCCUGGGGCUGACGUAAAGAUUCAUGAGCAUUUUCCAACCCACUACAUGCCUUACAACGAGUCCAUUUCAUUUGAAGAAAGAGUUGCCAAAAUCAUAGAAUGGUUCACAUCAGAAGAGCCCAUAAAUCUUGGUCUUCUCUACUGGGAAGAGCCUGAUGACAUGGGCCACCAGCUGGGACCCGAUAACCCGCUCAUGGGGCCAGUCAUUUCAGAUAUUGACCACAAGCUAGGAUAUCUCAUACAGAUGCUAAAGAAAGCAAAGCUGUGGAACGUGGUCAACCUAAUUGUCACGAGCGACCAUGGAAUGACCCAGUGUUCUAAGGAAAGGGUGAUAGAGCUUGAUCAGUAUCUGGAUAGAGACCACUACACCCUGAUUGACCAAUCUCCAGUCGCUGCCAUCUUACCUAAAGAAGGUAAACUCGAUGAAGUCUAUGAAGCACUGGCUGAUGCUCACCCUAACCUUACUGUUUACAAAAAAGAGGAGGUUCCGGAGAGAUGGCAUUACAAGUACAACAAGCGGAUCCAGCCGGUUGUGGCGGUGGCCGACGAAGGGUGGUAUAUUUUACAGAAUAAGUCAGAUGAAUUUCUGUUAGGCAACCAUGGUUAUGAUAAUGCAUUAGCAGAAAUGCAUCCAAUAUUUUUAGCCCACGGUCCUGCCUUCCGAAAGAAUUUCACAAAAGAAGCCAUGAACUCCACAGAUCUGUACCCCCUGCUGUGCCACCUCCUCAGUCUCACCGCCCUGCCACACAAUGGAUCCCUCAGCAAUGUCCAGGACCUGCUCAGUUCUGCAACUCCAAAGGCAAUUCCUUACACACAGAGCACGACCCUCCUCCCGGGGGGCGACCACCUAGGAGAGCUUGGGCAAGAGGAGUCCUACCCUUACUUCCUCGGGAUCUCUCUUGGCUGCAUCAUAGUGAUUGUAUUUUUUGUAAUUUUCCUUAAGCAUUUAAUUCACAGUCAACUACCUGCCUUACACGAUAUGCAGGCUGAAAUUGCUCAACCAUUACUACAAGCUUAAUGCUUCUCUUGAGAUGGAAUUGCACAUUGGAGAUUGCACGAUUGUGUCAAUGUUGACGUUUCAAAUUCUAAAAAAAGGACAGUUUCAGACAUCUGCAGAGAGGUUAGUACAUACCAUAUCUCAGUACACACACACACAAACACACACACCCCAAAACACUUAUCCCUGCAGAGCAUGAGAGUAUUUUCCCAUAUUCUCUCUCCCUUAGGGAUAGACAAAUCCCCGCUUCCUUUGAACUUGACACAUACAUGUACAUAUUUAGCAACUUUGCACUAAGUACCUUACGCAUCGCACUUUAAAUUACUCUUGAGUAAGUACUUUUUUGAAAUGCACUUUACAAAUAGUUCUGUCAUAACUUGGGUGGAUAAUACACAUACUCGUAUUUCACAGAAUUUCUAAUCAUUCCUGGAGAAUGUGAGAAUCCAGCUUCUUAACUUGGUAGGCAAGAAGAAAGUGAAAUAGUUGAAAUCAGUGAGCUCAACUUUGUCCCCGGGGUUUGGAGGGACACAUCCCCAGCAGCAGGCUGCAUCUGUGGGUGUUUGUCAUAGUUCUUUCCAAAGGAUAUAGGACUUCCUUUGUUUUUCCUGCAAAGAGACUUAAAUACCGACAGAUUUACCAUCAAUAUUAUUCCUGUUAUCAAAUCAAAUGUAUUAUUGCUGUUCUCUGUUGAUUCCUGUACUCUGAUUUCCACAAUAGCGAAGACUCCAUGAUCAGAGGUUUCUUUUCCAUGUAGCCCAGCAGUGGCCUGAGGAGCAGAGGUCAGGCACCAUCUCCGCAGUGUUUUCUAUUGUCUGUAAUUAUUUGCUUCUUUUAAAUCUCUAUUAAUCGCAUUAAAAAUCAUAUGAGAUAAAACAGUGUUUGGGGUUUG